AUGGACAGGCUGGUACUUCUGAUGAGCUUUUGUUCCCUGCUGUCCAAUACACAGCAAGCACCAUCAUUUCUUAUUACUGCCCCAAACGUGGUGCAUUUGGGCACACAUCAGACAAUAACAGCUCAGGUCCAUGGAGCACAGCACCCUGUGCAAGUUACUGCAUACUUCAAAGAGGAGACAAAAAAUUGGCUCCUAUCAGAGAGGAUCCUCUUUAACCUUAACCAAAAUAACAACUACCAAGAGGUGAAAAAAGUACUGGUCCAAGCAGAGGCUCUGCCACAGGAUGUGUUCAAGAAGAACAGUCGGCCCUCUGUUCUGCUGGUCACUGAGAGCAGGGAGCUUUUUGGGGAGACCACUCAAAGCACUCGUGUCCUCCUGUCUUCCAGGAAAGGCUACAUUUUCAUUCAGACAGACAAGCCUGUGUACACACCCAGUUCCAAAGUAAAAUACAGGAUCUUCAUUCUGGACAGUGCUAUGAGGCCAGCAGAUGACACAGUUACAGUUGCUGUGCUAAACACAAAAGGGAUGGUGGUGAAGAAGUCGAAUAGGAAAAUAAAGGCAGCCUUCAGUGAAAGCUUUGAAGUACCUGACAUUGCUGAGCCUGGAACGUGGAAAAUCAAAGCCUGGUUUCAUCAGUAUGAAAUGUCUAAUGUUUCUGCUGAAUUUGAAGUCAAAAUUUAUGAGCUUCCAUCUUUUGAAGUCAAACUCAUCCCACUUCAGCCAUACUACCACAUCUGGAAUGAAAGCUUCGGGUUUGAUAUUGAGGCAAAACACUCUUAUGGGAAGGGGAUUCAAGGUGUUGCAUAUGUGAGAUUUGGCAUCAUUGAUGAAAAUGAGAAAAAAGUCUUUCUUCCAGGCCUGGAACAACAGCUUUCAGUUCAAAAUGGGAAAGGAAGAGUUACUUUAAACACACUGCUUUUGGAAGAGAAAUUAAGAAAGAGUAUUUCCACUCUGGAAGGAUUUCAUUUGUAUGUUGCUGUUACCACUGUAGAAACUGCAAGUGGUGAGAUGAGGGAAGAGGAACUCAGCCACAUUAAGUUUGUGAAAUCUCCUUAUAUCAUUGAUCUGUCCAACACCAAGAAGUAUUUUGUGCCUGGAGCUCCCUACUCUGUUGUGGCAUCUGUCUCUUUGAUUGAUGGCUCUCCUGCUGCCUCUCUACCUGUCACUGCUACUGUUACCUUGCCUGGAAAACCCACCAUGAAGAAGACUGCGCUUUCUGACAAAGAGGGUCUCAUCCCCUUCACAUUUGACAUCCCUGCAGAUGCUCAGGUGCUUCAAAUAAUGGUAAAGGCAGAAGAAGGAAAAGAAAAAUUAGAAUCACCAGAAACUACCAUCAGAGCUGAAAGAUACCAGUCUGCUUCCUCAAACUACCUCAGCAUCAGCAUCCCACACACUGCUGUGGCACCUGGAGAUACCUUACACAUCACCUUGAAUGCUAUUCAUCAGCCUGGCAGUGGGAAGAUCGACUAUUUCUAUUAUAUGGUUGUGGCAAAAGGACAAGCUGAGCUUUUGGGAAGGGUCUCCUCUUCAAACAAAGUAAUAAACCUUAAAAUCACCCAGAAGAUGGUGCCUGCCUUCCGUUUUUUAGCUUACUACUUCAUUGCAAAUGAGGGCCGCCAGGAGAUUGUUGCUGACUCUGUGUGGGUGGAUGUUGUGGAUGUCUGCGAAGGAAAGAUUAAAGUCAGAACAGACCAAGAGAUGUAUGAACCAACAGACAACAUCAACUUACUGAUUGAAACAGACCACGCAGGAACAGUUGCCUUAGCUGUGGUUGACAAAGCAGUGUUUAUUCUGAACAAGAAAAAUAAGCUUACAGCCAAAAAAGUGUUUAAUGCUAUGAAUUCGUAUGAUCUUGGAUGUUCUGCAGGUGGUGGUGCAGAUAGUGUUCAAGUUUUUAGUGAUGUUGGUCUGGCAUUCUUAUCAGACACAAUUAAAUCCAAUGUUCGAGAGGGCUAUACAUGUCUCCAGGUUAGCAGAAGACAGAAGAGAUCCUUGGAUUUUCAGAAGAAAAUGUCAAUGAUUGCCAGCAAAUAUCAAAACACUGAGCUACGAAAAUGCUGUGAAGAUGGAAUGAAAUUAAAUCCCAUGAGGUUUUCUUGUGGGAAAAGGCUGACAAAGGUGGCUGGCUCCCCCGAAUGCAGAAACGCCUUCCAGGAGUGCUGUGAAAAAGCCACAGCCCUCAGAAAGGAGGCGAAGAGGAGGAUGGACGUGGGCUUGGCACGAUACUAUGAAAACCAUGAAGAAAUAGGUCUGUUUGAUGAAAUUUCUGUCAACUUGCGCAGUUAUUUUCCUGAGAGCUGGUGGUGGAAUUUUGAAGAAGUGAAAAAUCCUGGAAACCAUAGUGUAAGAAACGUGGCUCCUGACUCUAUAACUACCUGGGAAGUUCAGGCAAUAAGCAUAUCUCCUCAAAAAGGAUUUUGUAUAGCUGACCCCCACACUUUUGCAGUUUUCAAAGACUUUUUUGUAUCCCUGAGAUUACCAUACUCAGUCAGAAGACAUGAACAACUAGAAAUAAAAGCAGUGGUUUACAACUAUCUGCCCAGCGACCUCCAGGUGCUGGUGACGAUGGAGGCGGUGAAGGGGCUGUGCACCGCGGAGGCCACGGAGAAGGACGUGCAGCUGAGGCUGGAGGUCAAAGGGAACUCGGCCACGCCAGCCUAUUUCUCAGUUGUCCCUCUGACCGUGGGGGAGAUCCCCAUCAGCAUCACUGCUUUCGACACGGUUUUGGGGCACAGUGACAGCAUAAGGAAGAACCUCCGUGUUGUGGCUGAAGGUGUUUUACAGAGAGAAGAACAGACCAUUUGCAUUAACAGUGGCUUGCAGUCCCAUAUACUGGACCUGAAGAGACCAGCUGAUAUGGUACCAGGUUCUGACAGUCAUGUGUUUGUUAGCCUGAAAGGGAAUAUUAUGGACGAAUCUGUGGAAAAUUGUCUUAGUCUCACUGGAGUUGAGAAACUUAUCCAAGUGCCCACAGGCUGUGCAGAGCAAACUAUGGUGAAGAUGGCCCCUGCAGUCUAUGCUAUUGAGUACUUGGAAGCCAGUGAGCAAUGGACCAACUUUAAUCCUGAACGCAAGGAGGAAGCCUUUGGCAUGAUUGAGAAAGGUUAUACUAGACUGCUUGAGUUUCAGAAGGUGGAUGGCUCCUAUGGAGCAUUUAAAACAACCCCUAGUAGUGUAUGGUUAACUGCAUUCAUUGUUAAAGUGCUCACAAGGUGCAAAGAAUACAUUCAUGUCCAAGACAGUCAUAUACAAAACUCGAUUUCCUACUUGAUUAAUCAGCAGCAGGCAGAUGAUUCAUUCCAUGACCAUCACCCAGUAUUGGACAGGAAGAUGCAG